GAAAAAUCAUAAUAAGUAAUUCUUACUGAAAAAUUAACAACGUGUUUGGCGCCAUCUAUUUGAAAGCUUGUGCGCUUAUCACACGCAUUGAAAUGCAACUCGGCGCAAUCAGCUGUUCAACAGCUGUUAGAACAACUAAAAACAGUUGAAAAAAAUUCUAACUAGCAACAUGCAGCACUGAAAUUUAUUGUGAGCUGAAACACAACAACAACAACAAGAGGUGUAGUAUUUACCAAAUCAAGUUGAACUACUUGCCGAAUAUGAUGCCCGCAAAAACGGAUUCACGUCGCCGCCUCAAUGCCACCAAUGGGGCCACAAUUGGCGACUACACAAAAGUCCCAGAAGGUCACAGCGUCACAGAUGGCUUUGUGCACGAGCAAUGGGUAGCUCCAAAUGUGGAGGAAACGACUCCGUGGAAGACGAUUGGCAUAAUUCUUACGUUAUUCAUUGGUGGCACGGUAUGCAUAUGUUGUGCUACUUUGGAUUGGCUAGCGGACGUUAAUCAAGAUCGCACCGAUCGCGUCUGGGCGCUGAUCGUAAUUGGAGCACUCACCAUUAUACCAGGCGGAUAUUACUUCUAUAUACUUGCAUGUAUUUUAUUGCGUCGAGGCGGAUACUCGAUGGACGACAUUCGUCGUUUGGGUUAAGAGACCGUACUUAGUAUACACUUAUAUAUCGGUUAUGUAUUGUAUAUUUAUUGCAUUUUCACUAAUGGCAUGUAGUCAGAGAACUCGGCAUUUAUUGUAUAAAAAUAUUGUAAAUAUAUAUAGUGUAUAUACAUA